AUGAGUACUGUCUCUGAUAACCGUGGUGCACUACCGCCAGGUGCCUGGGAUACGCAUAUUCACGUAUUUGACACCUCAAUCGGGCCAUUUGCACCUUCGAGGGCCUACACUCCGGCCCAAGCUUCUCUUUCUCAGCUGGUAGAUUUUGGUCGGAGCUUCACUCAGACAUCGGAGGCGCCUUCGUUUGUCAUUGUGCAGCCGUCUCCAUAUGGCACAGACAACACCGUACUAUUAAGCACCUUGAGAUCCCUCCAAGCAUUGGGCUAUAAGGGACGUGGAAUCGCAGUCGUAGAUGUGCAGACCAUCACAGAUGCCGAAUUGAAAGAGAUGCACCAUUUGGGCGUUCGUGGUCUUCGGCUGAAUUUCCAGGCUGACGGAAAGAGCGUUGAUACAGUCGCCUUCAACAAAAAUCUCGUGGCUGCCGCUGAGCGUAUUGCUCAUAUGCCUGACUGGAUGGUUCAAGUGUUCAUUCCGGGAUAUAUUUGGGACGAAAUUUUCGAUACUGUCGUUGCUCUGCCAGUACCAGUCAUUGCUGAUCACAUUGGUGGACUCAAAGGUCCAUCGAAGCUCCCAGAGGGGGCAAAUAUAGUCCACUCUCAGCAGCUUGGCUAUAAGUCGCUGACUGAACUUGCGCGUAGGAAAAAGGUUAUUAUCAAGAUUUCUGCUCUAUAUCGGGCAUCAACAAAAACGGACACUUCCCAUGAUGAUCUUGCGCCUCUUGUGCGCUCCCUUGCGUCAGAAGUUCCAGAUCAGCUGGUUUGGGCCAGCGACUGGCCACAUACUGGUGAAGGGAAAGAUAGGGAAGCUAAUGGAAUUGACAAGGUCGAAUCUUUUAGACAUGUGGAUAAUAGAACGAUGCUUGCAUCGAUGAAAAGCUGGAUAGAUGAUGAGACAACAUGGGUAAAGAUGAUGGUAGACAACCCUUCUCGCAUUUACAAAUAG